AUUAAAUAUUAAUCAAACCAAUUGAUGAUCUGUUGGUCAAUGUGUUCAAAAUCAGACAACUAGAAAGCGAUCAGAAGAUUCAACUCUAUCUACAAAGCAUGCAAACAUGUCUAUAAAAAUGAUCAUGACACCAAACUCUCUCUUUCACAAAACAAUGUCUCCUCUUCUUGCAUUGCUUGCAAUCUCUGUUUCUCUAAUCCCUGCUAGUUUUGCUCUCUGCAAUGAACAUGAUAAGCAAACAUUGUUGAUAAUCAGGGACUCCUUUGGGAGCUCAAAUCCUCCAUGGCACAGUGACAUUGCUUGCUGUGACUGGCCCGGCAUUGACUGUGAUGCCGACGGUCAUGUUACCGGCAUGGCUAUCCUCGAGAACCCGCUUGUUGGCCCCAUUCCUUCGGCUAUCGGUGAUCUUCAUUAUCUCCAAGUUGUUCGCCUUCAUAAACUGCCGAACCUUUAUGGUACUAUACCUCCAGAGAUCACAAAGCUUUCUAAACUUCGGUUUCUGACCAUCAGCUGGACCGGGAUAUAUGGCUCCGUCCCGGCUUUCCUUGCUAAACUUACUGCUCUUGAGCAGCUUGAUCUCUCAUUCAAUAAGCUUUCCGGCUUCAUCCCGUCCUCCCUCGGGGACUUACCGAAACUCUACUCGAUUGAUAUUAGCCGGAACAACCUCACUGGAACCAUUCCUGCCUCUCUUUUCCACAAGGUCCCUAAUUCAUACCUCCUGCUCUCUCACAAUAAUCUCACUGGUCCUAUUCCGAGAUCUUUCCAAGAAGUUGACUUCACAAGGGUUGACCUUUCGAGGAACAAGUUGACUGGAGACGCGUCAGUAUUGUUCGGACGGUCAAAGUCCACACAGAGCAUUGACUUGUCAAGGAACAAACUGACGUUUGAUCUAAGCAAUGUGAAAUUCCCUGAGGCUGAGUUGAUUUCAUUGGAAUUAAACCAUAACAUGAUUUAUGGAAGCAUACCGAAGCAGAUAACCAAAGUGCCAAACUUGCAGGGCUUCAAUGUGAGCUACAACAGGCUCUGCGGCGAGAUCCCCAGAGGAGGGAAACUGGGACAAUUUGACAAGUACUCUUUCUUCCAUAACAAGUGUCUCUGUGGGCCUCCUCUUGCGCCAUGUGCCUGAGUUAUCUAUCCAUGGCAACAAGAUGCAUAAAUACCAAGCUUGCAUUGUCUUUCUUUUCGUUCUUCUCUUCUUUUCUGAAUGAUUUGUGGUCAUAAACGAUGAAUAAAGCUCAGAAGUUCAGUUAUGUUUUCUACUAUAUGCAUAAAAACAUAAUUAAGUGUCAUCUGCCUGAAUUAACACAUACAAGAUCAUUAGUUGCUUCAUCUGAUGAAAUUUUGUAGAUUAAUGUCAGCAAAUGCAGUAAUGAAUUUAAGGCUUGAGGAAAGCAAAUAAGAGUGUGCCAAAGUACCUAUACAUGAAGUCUAUUGU